AUGUCAAGACAUCCAUUCCAUAAAAGAUUAAUUAAAGAAUUCAAAGAAAUUUCAACUAAUAGAUUACCUGGAAUAAAAUUAAUAUCAAAUGAUGAUAAUUUAACAAAUUUUACAUUUCAAAUGAAUAUUAAAGAUAAUCCAAUAUAUUCAGAAGAUGAAAAUUAUUAUCUUUCAAUUAAAAUAACUCUGGAUUAUCCUAUUGAUUCACCCUCGGUUAAAUUUAUAAAAUUAAAACCAACAGAUAAAAUUGUUUUACAUAAUCAUGUAUAUUCAAAUGGUCAUUUAUGUAUUCUGAUAUUAGGAGAGGAUUGGACUCCAGCUUGUACUAUUGAAUCAAUAUUAUUAAGUAUUCAAAGUAUGUUACAAAGAAAUACAACUAAGGAACGUCCACCAGAUGAUACUCAAUAUAUAAAACAUGCACCUAUAGAUCCAAAAGAUUCUAAUUUUAUUUAUCAUGAUGAUAAUGUAUAA